ACCUACUAACACAGAUCUCUCUCUCUCGCUCUAGCGGCGGCGGCGGCGUUGGCGUUCGCGGAGUCGGCAAGAAGACCUAGUUACCGCUCCCUGACGUACUCGCUCGCUCGCGCUCCUCCUCCACCUCACCCGGGAACUGCUUCUGACUGCUUCCAGCAGAGGCAGCGGCGCUCCCAUUGAUCAGGGGGUCUUCCAGAAAGUCUCUCCUGAGCCUCUCCAGCCCCAGCGGCCGGGCACUGAGUCAGCCCGCUCGCCUCCCAAAGCGGCAACUUGUGAAGAACGCGGGCAGAUGCCAAAGGGAGCUUCUGGGAAACUGUCCCACCGCGUUAAAGGAGACCGCUAAAAUAUAGAUGUGUAGAUUUUUUAAAGAAGCUUCUCAGAUGAAUCAGCUCAGAGGAAAAUUUCACCAGGAUACCUGAAACUAUGGAAUAAACAGAAUAAUACUUAUGGAAUUAAAAUCACUGUAUGUAUCAAAUUGUUCCAGUUCAACAAGUCCUGAAAAGUUACUUUAUCAUAUUAUUAUUUACAUAUUUACUGAAACUUGCUUCUGAUGCAGCUAAGAAAAAUGCAGUCCAUUAAAACAGAACAGGCAUCUGCUGAUACAAGUGGCAACAUGGACAAAAUUAUGGCUCUUAAUUCUACACUGACUGAUGUAUCGGAUGACUUAGCUAUUGGUGAUGAAAUGUUACUUGCAGAAGGAGCCGUUACGAAAAACAAGACUUCAGCAUGCAGAAGAAAGCGGGAAUUCAUUCCGGAUGAAAAGAAAGAUGCAAUGUACUGGGAAAAACGGCGUAAAAAUAAUGAAGCUGCCAAAAGAUCUAGGGAAAAACGGCGACUGAACGAUCUUGUUUUAGAGAACAAGCUAAUUGCACUGGGAGAAGAAAAUGCCACUUUAAAAGCUGAGUUACUUUCACUGAAGUUAAAGUUUGGUUUAAUAAGCUCUUCUGCAUAUGCCCAAGAGAUUCAGAAGCUCAACAAUUCAACAGUUGUUUAUUUUCAAGAAUAUCAGAAUUCCAAAUCAAGCAUUAACGCUUUCAUUGAUGAACAUGAGCCAACUAUUGUAAGCAGUAGUUGUAUAUCUGUCAUUAAGCACUCGCCACAAAGCUCUUUAUCUGAUGUAUCUGAAGUGUCAUCAGUAGAGCACACUCAAGCAAGCCCCACACAAAACAAUUGCAGAAAUACUGAUGAUAAAUUCCAACUCAUAAAGCAGGAACCUAUGGAAUUAGAAAACUAUACAAGAGAUUCACGAGAUGAAAGAGGGUCCUUUACAACUUCAAUAUAUCCAGGCUUCAUGGGAAGCCAUUUUAAUGGCUAUUCACAUUCCCCUCCACUGUUGCAAGCCAGCAGAUCCUCCAGCAAUUCUCCAAGGACUUCAGAAACUGAUGAGGGUGUUGUGGGAAAGUCAUCAGAUGGAGAAGAUGAGCAGCAGGUUCCUAAAGGUCCAAUCCAUUCUCCUGUUGAACUUAAAAAUACGAAUGCCAUAGUUAAGGUCCCAGAGGUAAGCUCUUCUGCACUUCCUCAUAAACUGAGAAUUAAGGCAAAGGCCAUGCAAAUCAAAGUAGAAACAUUGGAUAAUGAAUACGAUGCCACACAAAAACGACUGUCACCUAUUGAUAUGUCAUCUAAAAGACAUUUUGAACUUGAAAAGCAUAAUGCACAAAAUUUAGCACAUAAUACUCACACUCCUUUCUCAAUUCAAGUGACUAAUAUCCAAGACUGGUCUCUGAAACCAGAACACUGGCACCAUCAAAAAGAACUCACUGAAAAAACCCAGGGUGACUGCAAAACCACAGAGCUCGAUGUUAAAGACAAUUCCUACAAAGUUUCUGAGACCAAAAACUUGUACUUGAAACAGGGCAUAGCAAAUUUGUCUGCAGAGGUUGCUUCCCUUAAGAGACUUAUAACUACACAACACAUCUCUGCUUCAGACUCUAGCUAAAUGACUACUGAGUAAUUAUUAUUUUAAAGGAUGUCAUUUGCAGUAAGUUGGUAUGUUUUGUAUUACGCUGAAUUUUCACUGGACUUGGAAUGUCAUUUCACUGUAAUGUUCACAUAAUGUCUGAUGGAUGAUGUUUUUUUGUGCACAGAUGACUGUGGAGAUGAGAUUGUCAAGAUCACUAGCCUUGUGUAUGGUGAAGAUGCCUGUGUACAUGCUGUAUAUAUAGUGAACAUUAUUUUUCUGUCAUUCUGUUACUAUAAAGUGUGGAAGUUGCCAGUUACAAUAAAAAAUU